UAUCCUCUGUGAAUAUGACUAAUGUCUCUAAAGCAGACAUUUUUAUUGCUAUUUCAAGCUAAUUAAUCAUUAGUCAAAAGGUUUAUGGUCAAUAAAUGCAACUUUUUUUUUUUUUUCAAAAAUAAUCUUGAAAUUCAAUCUUUUCUGAUAUAUGAGGUAGAUACAUAGUCAACCCUUCUGUCAGAGCCAGUUGCAGAGAAUAUGUAUAUACCAAAAUAAUUCAUCUUUUUGCUUAAAAUUUCAAUCUUUCUUCUAAAGAAAAAAAUUCAAGAAACCCCUUUUCUCUCUUUAGUAUAUUUUUCAUUAUUUACUUGUCUUAGUUUGUAUAUUUUCAGCUGUUUCAAGAUUACAGAUGAACCAAGAAAAAAGGUAUUUCUUGAUAGUAUCAUUAAACCUUUGUGUUUUCUGCUACAUUCAGCAAAUAGAUAAAUGUUCUGCUGUUGAUCCACAGUUUGUAGCAUGUAAUAAUCCAGUAAAUUGUAGAUAUGGUCCAAAAAUAAGCUUUCCAUUUUAUAUUCAAGAAGAGCAUGAAUCUUAUUGUGGGUACCCUGGAUUUGGGCUAAAUUGUAGUGAACAGGGGUUUCCUGUUGUACAUAUUGCUGGAAAUGAGUAUAUAGUUGAAGAUAUUAGAUAUCAAGAUCAUACUUUUCAGCUUAAAAAUUCAAUCUUCAACAGUAGUAUAAGCAAUGGUUGUGUUUCUGAUAUCAAGAAUGUGUCACUUGAUAAUCGCCCUUUUAAGUUUGUUAACGAAUCAAGAAUUUACGUGUUGUCAAAGUGUAAUGGAUCGAUAUCCGAGCCUCUUUUGAAGUACAGGAUUGGUUUUGGUUGUGGUGAAGAAAAUGGAAAUGAUUGGAGUUUUGCUAUGUUUGCUGAGGAUGAACGUUUUGAGUCUGCAUUACAAGUGUGUAAACAUCAUGUAAUUGCACCAGUAGAAAUGCUUGGAGAUGAGGGAAGUAAUCAAGAUCUUAACUAUCUGGCGCUUUUAAGAAGGGGGUUUAGAUUGAGUUGGACAGCUAGUAAUUGCAGUGAAUGUGCAGAAAGCGGAGGACAUUGCGGAUUUGAUGUUAUCAAUUAUCAAUUCAAAUGUUUCUGCACUGACAGGCCUCAUUCUUCGAGUUGCAAACCUUCCAGAAAAAAUAAUUUGGGAUUGAUUCUUGGCUUAGUUUUUGGUGGAGCUGUGUUAAUAAUCCUCGUGGCUGCUUUCAUUGUUUGUCGUUACAAGAAAGAACACAAAAGUUGUUUAUACUUCACCUCGAGAAAAAAAUCUUCUGAUCGUUCCUUAACACAUGAUUUUGAUGGAGGUAGUAAUUACCAUGGAGUCUCGGUCUUCUCCUAUGUUGAACUUGAAGAAGCUACAAGUAACUUUGAUUCCUCCAAUGAACUUGGAGAUGGAGGGUUUGGUGCUGUUUACUAUGGUAAACUUAGGGAUGGGAGAGAAGUUGCAGUGAAGCGACUUUACGAGCACAAUUGCAAGAGAAUGGAACAGUUUAAAAAUGAAAUUGAAAUUCUCACUCGCCUAAGGCAUCGAAAUCUUGUUUCCCUUUAUGGCUGCACAUCAAAGCACAGCCGUGAACUACUCCUUGUUUAUGAAUACAUUCCCAAUGGGACAGUGGCGGAUCACCUGAAUGGGGAUAGAGCAAAGGACGGAUUCCUCCCAUGGCCUAUCCGCAUGAAUAUUGCUGUAGAAAUUGCUAGUGCAUUGGCUUACCUCCAUGCUUCUGACAUAAUACAUCGUGAUGUGAAGACUACCAACAUACUCCUCGACAGCAAUUGUUGUGUCAAAGUUGCAGAUUUUGGGCUUUCGAGACUUUUUCCUAAUGAUGCUACUCAUGUGUCAACAGCUCCUCAAGGGACAGCUGGAUAUGUUGAUCCAGACUAUCAUGAAUGUUACCAGCUCACUGAUAAAAGUGAUGUUUAUAGUUUUGGUGUCGUCCUUGUUGAACUUAUCUCAUCAAUGCCUGCUGUUGAUAUUACUAGGCGUCGACAUGAGAUCAAUUUGGCCAACUUAGCGAUAAACAGGAUUCAGAGAUGUGCAUUUGAUGAGCUAAUUGAUCCAUCUCUGGGAUUUAAAUCAGAUGCACAAGUUAUGAGAAUGACUACUUCAGUAGCAGAGCUAGCAUUUCAAUGCUUGCAGCUAGAGACGGACUUGAGACCAAAAAUGGAUGAAGUACUGGAGACACUUAAGCAUAUUCAAGGCACAUAUACGGUUCAAAUCAAAGAUGAGAAGACGAAUGACUCAAUUGUCGAUAACACAGAAUGUAAUGGUGAAAAAGCUCCUACUUCUCCUACAUCAGAUAGUAUAGUUUUGUUAAAGAAAAUGCAUUUGCCACCUUCACCUAUUUCUGUAACUGAGAGAUGGGUUAGUAGCUGUGGCAGUAGUAAUGUUAGCGGGUGAAAUUCUUACACUCUUUGCUUUCAUUUCAACGUAAAUUUAACAAAUAUGUACUCAUUGAUAAUCUCUGUAAAGGAAUAAGUUGCUGAGACCUUUCUUCUUAUCUUU